AUGGUGCGCACGCGUUUUGUUUGCGUUUCGGAUACCCACGGAUACAGCACAGCAGACGCCGGCUUUCGGCUCCCUAAAGGGGACGUCUUGAUUCAUGCGGGGGAUAUCACCAACAGAGGGUCUGCAGAAGAGCUGGACAGAUCCUUGAAAUGGAUUUCAGCGGCUGAUUUCGAAGUAAAGAUUGUCAUCGCUGGGAACCACGAUAUCCUUCUCGACCCAAACUAUCCUGAAAAUAACGGACUGCCCUCCACGGAUAGGCCACGGGAACUACCAACCAUGUACUUCGAAGGCGACAUGUCAUCCCAAUUCGUCUAUUUGAACCAUGAAGCAAAAGAAAUUUGUUUAGCAAAACCAAAUGGCCCCAAGUCUGUUUUCAAAGUAUUUGGCUCACCAUAUUCGCCGCUCCUCGAGGGUUGGGGCUUCGGGUACCGUCCCGAUCAAGCCAACUCUCUAUGGGACGAUAUACCGGGAGACACGGACGUUUUGAUAACGCAUACGCCACCGGAAGAUCAUCUCGACAUUAGAAAAGGAAAGUCUGUGGGCUGCGAAGCUCUCCGAAGACGGCUAGGGGAGGUACGCCCUAGGUUGGCGGUCUGCGGCCAUGUCCAUGAAAGUCGAGGUUACCACCGAGUACACUGGGCUAACGAAUCUAACGAAGAGCGUGACACAGUAGUUGGGAGCUUGCCGGGGCAACAAAGCAGAAAGCAGUCGACGAUUGAUUUAUGCCGCGGGAGCCGUCUCGACAACGAUGGCUGGCAGAGAAACGAGACGUGUAUCGUCAAUGCGGCCAUUUUGGCGACUAGUUGGCCGCACAAGGGGGGCAAAAAGUUCAAUUCUCCGAUUGUGGUAGACUUGGACUUACCCCAAUCAUGA